CCAACUCAGCUACAGUAGCAAUUGUGAAGUACCUUUCUCAAUGUCCUUGGCGAUUGGCCAAACAGUGCACGUUGCCAUCAAAUUCAAAGCUGAGUAUCAAUGUGCAAUUGCCCAAAUACAACACUGCCACAAAGUUUGAGGAACCAAUGGCUAUGGCUGGAGCUGUGACUCUAUCCCAAUUCUCAGUUUGUGGGUCUAUUUCGUUGCCCAAAAGAGUACCCAGAAGAAGGGUGUCCAUUAGAGCCAUGUCUGAAACUGAAACCUCUUCUUCUUCUUCCUCAGUCUCCACCCAACAACAACAACCAACUUCAGAUGCUUCUUCCUCGUCACUAACAUUUACUCCUCCUCCCAAUUUCAAGCCUCCUGAGCCUAAACGCUUCGCAAUCAGACCUGACAAGACUAGUGACAUGUUUGGAGCUUUGCUUCCCUUGCUCUUUCGCUUUGCCACUGGAGUUUUUGUUUCUGGGUAUUCUUUUUCACUUGUUUCUAAGGAUGAAAUUCCACCGGACCAAUAUGCUUUGGAAAUUUCUGGCUACACAGUAAAAGAAACAUCGAAAGUAGGCCCUCGCCCAGAGAAGCCUAUUGAGAUAUAUGAAUUCGAGAGCUGUCCAUUUUGCCGAAAGGUUAGAGAAAUUGUUGCUAUUUUGGACCUUGAUGUUCUUUUCUAUCCUUGUCCAAGGAAUGGCCCAAAUUUCCGUCCAAAGGUUGUUCAGAUGGGUGGUAAACAGCAGUUCCCCUACAUGGUUGACCCAAACACAGGUGUUUCAAUGUACGAAUCAGAUGACAUAAUUCGGUAUUUGGUUCAGAAAUAUGGUGAUGGAAAUGUUCCUGUACCUUUAUCCCUUGGUUUUUUAACGACACUGACUGCUGGUCUUGCUAUGCUUGGUCGAAUUGGAAAGGGGACAACUUACACUCCAGCAAAGUUGCCUUCAAAGCCACUUAAAUUAUGGGCAUAUGAGGGGUCUCCUUUCUGCAAACUUGUGCGUGAAGUACUUGUGGAAUUGGAGCUGCCACAUCUUCUUUGCAGUUGUGCUAGGGGUAGCCCAAAAAGACAUAUACUAUAUCAGAGAACUGGACAUUUCCAGGCACCCUUUUUGGAAGAUCCAAACACUGGGAUAGAAAUGUUUGAAAGUGCUGAAAUCAUUGAAUAUUUAACAGCAACAUACGCUCUGCAGUAAAGUGAAGUUGUGAGAGGCUUAUGAGGGUUUUUAACAGAAAUCUCAUUAUAAUUUUUUUUACUAGGGAAAUCAAUUUGUAUUUGUACCGAAAUCACAUAGUGAAAUCAAAUGCCUCAAUAUUCAACUAUGGUUUGAGGUGGUUAAAACUGGGCUGCAAAGCAGGAGUGUGUUUCUUUAUUAUUGCCCUAAAAGAAUAAAUAUAUAAUGUCUUUGAAGAUGAUUUUCCAGCUUUCAAGACGUACAAUUUAUUGAG